CCCAGCUGUCUUACCCGCCCCUUCCCGGAAGAAAGAUGGCGGCGGCCUGAGCCAAGGUCCGCUUGCGAUUUGGUGGGGGCUCCGCUGCGCUCCCCAACCCGGUGCUGUAGAAAGCUGGUGUUGGAGAUCAACCCCCUAGGACUUGAACAUGCCAGACUGGUAACCUGCUUGCUUGCUGGGCUGGAGCCUGCCAUUAGCCUUCAGUUUUCUUGGCAGUGCUGGAGACUCAGGACCUUGCAGUAUUUGGGGUUCUGGUUUGAGCUGUGAUCUCCCUUCCUUGCUGCUACCCUGACUCCAGCUUCUUCUGGUCCACACCUUGGAAGAGUCCUAUGGUCUGGUUGGUGGCAAUGACAUCCAAGCAGGGUUCCCUUUGUGGUCUGGCUGCUCGUGGUUUUUGGCUCCUGGGUCUCGUUCUUCUGAUGGAUGCAUCUGCUAGACCCGCCAACCACUCAUCUACUCGAGAAAGAGCAGCCAACAAAGAGGAGAACGAGAUCCUACCCCCAGACCACCUGAAUGGGGUGAAACUGGAGAUGGAUGGACACCUCAACAAGGACUUCCACCAGGAGGUUUUCCUGGGGAAGGACAUGGAUGGGUUUGAUGAGGACUCAGAACCAAGAAGGAGCCGGAGGAAGCUCAUGGUCAUUUUCUCCAAGGUAGAUGUGAACACUGACCGUAGGAUCAGUGCCAAAGAGAUGCAGCGCUGGAUCAUGGAGAAGACCGCAGAGCACUUCCAGGAGGCCAUCAGGGAAAACAAGCUACACUUCCAGGCCGUGGACCCCGAUGGUGACGGCCAUGUGUCCUGGGAUGAAUAUAAAGUGAAGUUUUUGGCAAGCAAAGGCCACAAUGAAAGGGACGUUGCUAUUGCCAUCAAGAAUCAUGAGGAGCUCAAAGUGGAUGAGGAGACACAGGAAGUCCUUGAGAACCUUAAAGAUCGCUGGUAUCAGGCAGACAAUCCUCCUGCAGACCUGCUGCUGACUGAGGAUGAGUUCCUGUCAUUUCUUCACCCCGAGCACAGCAAGGGCAUGCUCAAGUUCAUGGUUAAGGAGAUUGUUCGGGACUUGGACCAGGACGGUGACAAACAGCUGUCUCUUCCUGAGUUCAUCUCCCUGCCUGUGGGCACUGUUGAGAACCAGCAAGGGCAAGACAUUGAUGACAACUGGGUAAAAGACAGAAAAAAAGAGUUUGAGGAGCUGAUUGAUUCCAACCAUGAUGGGAUUGUGACCAUGGAAGAGCUAGAGAACUACAUGGACCCCAUGAACGAAUACAAUGCCCUCAAUGAAGCCAAACAGAUGAUCGCCAUUGCUGAUGAAAACCAGAACCACCACCUGGAGCCUGAGGAGAUCCUCAAGUAUAGCGAGUUUUUCACUGGCAGCAAGCUGAUGGACUAUGCUCGCAACGUGCAUGAGGAGUUCUAAGCACACCCUCAGCCCUUGACUGGGAUCAGGCUGCUUAUCUCCUGUCUGACCCUCCCCAUACCUUGAGGGGGUUGUGGUCCAGUGAGGUCCAGUGAGGCCCAUGAUUGGCUGGCCUCUCAAUGGGUCUGGGGAUGCCACCUGUCCCGUGUCUGAGGGCUGCCAUGGGCCCCUAACAGGCUGUCCUAGAAUCUUCCUCCUGCUGCUGUGUCCACAUGCUCCGGCCCAGCUCCUGCCACAGCAUGGCCCAGGUUUAUUAAAGAUGUGCUCAAUAGGC